UCGAUCACGCUCCUGGUAGAAUCAUUGUUGCAUUUCGGAAUUAUUUUGGCCUUUGUUGUUCCAAUCAAUAAACAACUCUUCGCCAUGGAAGUUGAUAUUGCACUCUCGCCCAUCAAGAAGGAAAAGAAAAAGAAGAAAGUUAAGCAAGAACCAGAAACGGAGGAAAUAGCAAAUUUGGGAGAGAUACAACGGUCUGGAGACUUUCAACUAAAACCAUCAGAAGCUAUCGCAACUUUGGAGACAUCGAAAUGGCCUUUACUGCUGAAACAUUUCGAUCGUCUAAAUGUGCGCACGAACCACUACACUCCACUUCCGUUUGGCUCUUCUCCACUGAAUCGCAAAUUGAAAGACUACGUUUCGGCCGGAUUCAUCAAUUUAGACAAACCAUCGAACCCUAGCUCGCACGAGGUUGUCGCGUGGAUUAAGAGAAUCUUAAAGGUGAACAAAACGGGCCAUUCGGGAACGCUGGAUCCGAAGGUCACCGGUUGUCUGAUCGUUUGUAUUGAUCGGGCUACGCGGUUAGUUAAGAGCCAACAGAGCGCCGGUAAGGAGUAUGUAGCAGUUUUUAAACUCCAUUCCGCCGUUGAAAAAGUUGCCAAAGUGACUCAGGGUCUGGAAAAGCUUCGCGGCGCACUGUUCCAACGGCCACCAUUGAUUUCGGCGGUCAAGCGACAACUGCGAGUGCGAACUGUGUACGACUCGAAGUUGUUGGAUUAUAACGACCAACGAAACAUGGGAGUGUUCUGGGUAAGUUGUGAAGCCGGCUCGUACAUUCGAACAAUGUGCGUUCACUUGGGUCUGGUGCUUGGUGUCGGUGGGCAGAUGUUAGAGCUGCGUCGCGUACGGUCCGGUAUUCAGUCGGAAAAGGAUGGUAUGGUGACGAUGCAUGAUGUGCUUGAUGCGCAGUAUCUGUAUGAAAACCAUAAGGAUGAAUCCAUGCUCCGUCGGGUGAUCAAACCGUUAGAAGGUCUGCUCGUUGGCCACAAACGCAUCAUCAUGAAGGACAGUUCGGUGAAUGCGGUGUGCUACGGAGCAAAGAUUUUGCUGCCAGGUGUGCUGCGAUAUGAAGACGGAAUCGAACUGGAUCAAGAGAUCGUGAUUGUGACCACAAAGGGAGAAGCGAUUGCAUUGGGUAUUGCUCUCAUGACCACAGCCACCAUGGCUGGUUGCGAUCAUGGAGUCGUUGCUAAAAUCAAACGCGUUAUCAUGGAACGCGACACUUAUCCUCGCAAGUGGGGCCUUGGGCCAAAGGCUUCCAUGAAGAAACAGCUCAUAGGUUUGGGCAAAUUAGAUAAAUACGGCAAACCAAACGAGAACACUCCCAAGGAUUGGUUGAACAGUUACACAGACUAUAACCGGCCAGCUGCGGAAGCGAAUGGAAAUGGAGUUGCAAGCAUGGAUGAUCUUGCCGGUGGUAAAAGAAAGUUAAGUGUCGGUGACACUAUGGGCGAUAGUGUUGCGGAAGCUCCGGCAGAUGACGGCGAGGAGCAAAAGAAGAAGAAAAAGAAGAAACAGAAAAAAGAUGCCGAGCAUGUGGCUGAUGAAGAAGAGAAAAUGGACCAAACGGGCGUCGAAGAUGACACAAACGUAGAAAAGAAGAAGAAGAAAAAGAAGAAAGACCAUAGUCAUUCAGUUGAGGAAACAGCAGAGUAGGAAAGAAAACCGCCUACAUCAAGGAAAAGUACCCGAUAGUUUCAGGUACAAAAAUUAUUAUCGGGUGAAAUCCAUUUGUUCAAUUUAUUUUUGGGUUUUUAUCUAACAUACGAAAAUUUUACUAUUUCACAUUCGUGGCAUACACACAUCAUAGACCUAUCGUGUGAAGCUUUUGAAAACGAAAAGAUGAUUUUGUUUUUAGAACUAGCAACAGCAUGAUCAAAAAGAAGCAACACGAUGUUUUCAAUAUGAAAAGUUUGCGCGAUAUUCUUUUUCUAAAAAAGAGAAAAAUGUUCUUUUGAGUAAUUCAGGAGGAGAAGUUCUCAGUUCUUAAUGCGUAUGAUUUUGUUCAUAGGAUUCUUCUACAUAGUUUUAGGUUA